UUACUUGGUCGCCAUAGUUCUGUUUCGUUUUAUCAAUAUUUAGCAUACAUGUUGUUGUUCAGUUUGCUCUCAGGAGCAGCAAAUGUUGGUUUGAAAUUUUUAGAUAAAAGCAUAUAGAAGAUGGAUUGUUCGAAGGAGCGGGUUGGGGAGUCUGAGAAGACCUCGGAUUACUACCGUACCACGAAUCUGCCGCAGAGGUUCGACAAUCCCAUGUCGUUUUAUGGGUACGGUACUCAUCGCAGGCCCCAGGAGCAUGCCUUCUACAAGACCACCAGCAGUGAGUACGGACGAAUUCCUCCGUCUAUCCAUAGUGUUCCCACCAAAUAUUUUCCGAAAAAUCAAGUCUUUUCCAAAACUGUGGCACACAUUGGACCUUACAGGAAUUAUUCGCUGAAUACUGGAAUUGACAUUCAUCUUUAAAUAUGUUUUAGUUAAAUUCAAUUACUGUACUAUUUAACACAGAACUGGUUUAUGUUAUUAAUUAUUUGAAAAUACAUGCCUUUAAUAUAUAUAUAAAUAUACCUACAAAAA